CUAAACUGUCCUUUUCCCCGUCGCCUUACGCCAAGGGUAGGGGGUGUGCAUAGGCAGAAAUUCACCUAUGCUUAAAACUUGCUUUCUUGAAAGUUCAUACUUACAMAUUUUUGCUUUUUGUAACUUUUUACACUCGCUUUCUAAGAGCGUGUGAAGAUUUCUUUCUUUUAGUUCAAUAUAUUAAAAACAACUACUCAAGAUGAUUGACACAGUAACUGGAGCACAGGCCUUUGCAGUAAAAGUAAAGGGCCUGAUGGAUCUGGAGGGCCGAUGCCAACCCAAGCUCACUGGCUUGAGGCUCAUGGAGACCGCCCAGGACAACGGCCUCAGGAUGACCACCAGGCUGAGAGAGCUGGAGGUGAAGAACCUGCUUUAUCUCUGCAGGUUCUUUGGCUUCAGCUCAGAGACGUUCUCGUUGGCGGUCAGCUUGCUCGAUCGAUUCCUCUCUGUAAUGAAGAUUCAACCAAAGCACCUGUCAUGUGUUGGCCUGUGCUGCUUCUACAUCGCUGUGAAGUCCUCAGAAGAUGAGAAGAACGUGCCCCUGGCCAGCGACCUAAUCCGCAUUAGUCAGAAUCGCUUUACUGUGUCUGACAUGAUUAGGAUGGAGAAGAUCAUCAUGGAAAAGCUCUACUGGAAAGUGAAGGCCCCGACGGCGCUGCACUUCCUCCGUCUGUUUCACAGCCACAUCCAGGAGCAGCUCGACGCCGAGAGCAGGGAGAUACUGAGCAUUGAGACGCUGGAGGCGCAGCUCAAAGCCUGUCACUGCUCCUUCAUCUUCUCCAAAAUCAAGCCGUCUCUUCUUGCUCUGGCUCUGCUGUGCUUCGAGGCCCAGGAAGAACACGACCCUGAACACAUGAAUCAAAUAUCUGAGGCCCUGAAAAAUCUGCAACACCUGCUGAAUGUGAGAGACGGAGACCUGGUGUGUGUUAGAGAGCUGGUCGGGAAAUGCCUGGCUGAAUACGCCAACACCAAAUGCUCCAGACCAAACAGCCAGAGACUCCGCUGGACCAUCUCGGGAAGAACCGCGCGCCAGCUGAAGCACAGCUACUACAAGAUCACUCAUCUUCCCACCAUCCCAGAGUCGGCCUGUUGAAAAGCAGGUGCAUGGAUGGYCUUGCAUGCAGGGAGAAAUUCCUGCUGUCUGGUCGUCCACUUAGUUUUCCUUGCAGAUCUUCAUUCUUGAUAAUGAAUUUCUUUAAGGAAAAUAUGAAACCUUUAGGAAACUUUUUUUCCCCCUUCCCAAUAACAAGGAAUACUGCUUUGUCAAAUUGGCCAAUCCCCCCUCCCCCCACCCCUCCCACACAUCCUGUUAAGUUAUACUUUCCUGGUUGAGUUGCCUGCACAGGUGUACAGUAUGUUCUUGUUUUAAUCCGUACCCAGAUGAUUUUGGUAUGGGUUGCUGGUUUUAAGCUAAAAGUAUUGAACCACCUAGGUCCUCAGUCCACCAUGUGGAAGAGGAGGGAGAAGGAUUUUGUGAUUAGCAAAAAUGGAACCAAGAAAUCGGGCCCAAAAUCCUUAACUCUCACCCUAGGUUGCUAAGCUGUCCUGAAUUGCACACUCCUACCCAAGGUGAUGACUUUUUUUUUAGUUUUUUUUUGGCGAGGGAAGUCUGGUUUUUAACCAGCAAAGUGAAGCUGGUGGCGAUCCUGUCAGUUAUGUGGACGCACAAAGCCUCUACAGUAUAACUCGAUUGGUUAUAGUUGAAGAAAAGUGGGCACUGCCGUGGAAAUGUAGGUCGGAACUUGUUUUGCAUUUUCUUUACCAAUUUCCCAGUGUAGUACAUUUUAUUAGUGAGGAGAAAUAAAACGUGUUCUGGAGUUCAAAACGGUCAAAGAAAUACACAAUCUGACCUUAUGUUUGUGCACCUUUCAAUAAAAAUUUAUUGAAAAGCUA